AUGAGCCAUACCCUGUUUCUAGGAAACGGUAAACAAAUUGAAUCAUGUGACAGCAUUCUAAGGGGGAGGGGACCCUUUCCUUUCCUAACAUCUGUGGAGAAGAGCAGCACAUGGAGAAUUGGAAAGGUUUCUAUGAUGCCACGUUGUUACAAAAGAAAGACGGACAGGGCCACACAUUCCCGUGUGGAUCUGGAGAGAGCAGCAGAGGAAGUAGGGAAAGGGAGGCACAUUCGAGCAGUUGCAAGGGAGAUGUGCGUGGACAGAAUGACCCUGACAAGGUUUAUUGACAGACAAAAGAACGGAGAGGCACAGACAGGAUUUGCCAAGUUGUCAUCAAUUCGUAUGGUGUUCACUCACAGCAUGGAGGCAGACCUUGCCAACCAUAUUAAGAAACUGUCUUUCCAGUUUCAUGGGUUGAGCCCUUUGAAAUGUAGACAACUUGCAUACGAAUUUGGCAAAUUGAAUGAUGUGCAAAUGCCUCAGAACUGGUGUAAUGACGAAAGAGCAGGAAAGGAUUGGUUGACAUAUUUUAUGAGACGUCACCAUUUAUCAUGCCGAUUGCCAGAAGCCACAUCAAUAGGCAGACAAACAGCCUUUAACAGACACACUGUAGGAGAGUUUUAUGACAACCUCGCCUCAGUAACAGAAAGAUUUAAAUUCCCACCCCACAUGAUCUACAAUCUGGAUGAGACGGGCAUCACUGAUGUGCAGAAGCCCAAGCAAGUAGUCACACAGAAGGGAAAGAAGCCAGUUUCUGUGACCCCAAAAGAAAGAAGGGAGCACAUCACCCUUAUAUGUGCAGUGAAUGCUGUCGGGAACGUCAUUCCGCCAUUAUUCAUCUUCCCUUGUGUGUGCUACCAUGAUCAUUUCAUCAGAGGUUCUCCCACUGGUUCAAUAGGCUGUUCCACAAAGUCUGGUCAGACAAAUCAAGAUGUAUUUGUCCAAUUUCUCAAGCACAUCAUCAGUCACACCAACUGCUCCCCAAGUAACCGCCUCUUGCUGAUCCUGGAUAACCAUGAAUCCCAUGUGUCACAGGAGGCUGUCAAUGUGGCCAAUGCGAACGGAGUAGUGAUGAUGACCCUCCCUCCUCACACGUCACAUGAACUCCAGCCACUCGACAAAUCCGUCUUUGGCCCCCUGAAGACGUAUUACAGCACUGCGCUCAAUGGAUGGAUGAUAUCAAACCCUGGAAAGGUUGCCACCAUCUACGACGUCCCAGAGAUAGUCAAUACGGCAUUCAUGUCUGCAAUGUCCCGGCAAAAUAUCUUGUCAGGCUUUGAGGCGACGGGAAUCUUCCCUUAUAAUAGGGAGAGAUUUACGGAUGCUGAUUUUGAGUCAGCUGAGGUCACAAACCGACCCGACCCAGAGGAGCUAGUCACACCUGUGGACCCUAACCAGGAGCCAGCUACAUCUGUGGACCCAAAUCCAGAGCCAGCUACAUCUUUUGACCUCAAUCAGGAACCAGCUUCAUCUUCGUGCCCUAACCUAGGGGAACCACCUGCACCUGGAACUCCCCUUUCAGUCCAGUCACCCUCUGGAUCUACUUCUGGUGACCAUUCCAGGGGAUAUAGGUCUCCUAAGUCUAUCAUCCCAUUGCUAAAAGCAGCACCAAGAAAAGUGGAACAAACAAGAAGGACAAGGGUUAAAACAAGGAUUCUGACAGACACCUCAGAAAAACAGGAGUUGGAAAGUGAAAGAGAGGGAAAAGAAGAAAGCAAAAGUCUGCAAGAAAAUUCCUGCUCCUGUGAAAAUUCCUGA